AUGAAGACUUUUUCGGCGCCCUGUGUUGUGCGCUCGGUCAUCUGGCCGCAGAGCCAUAGCUGCAACAACCUGCUGGCGCUUAUAAGCCGUCGACACCAAUCAUCCUACCGAAGAACACGAUCUCGAUUGAACAUCAAACCUGACCCAUCUUUCCUCCCUUCCAAAACCGAGCCACACGACCACAUCAUCUACAACCCUCCUCCAAGCCCUCCAAACGUGUACCACACUCCUACCAUAUUUCUACCAAAGACUGAUAAAAGACGACAACUCUACGAAGAAGCAGCCGGCAAAAAUUCUCGACUAGCGGCGACUUCUUCCACCCCUCCACCGGAACUGCCUCCGCCAGUUCGUCCAACUUAUCAGAAGCGUUAUCAUUUGACACAGGAGGACAUGGAGGAGAUGCGACGCUUGCGAAGAAAAGACCCAACUGAAUGGAGUGCUAAUAAGCUGGCUAAGAAGUUUGACACGUCCAGCAUUUUUGUCGCCUUUGUGACAGAGGGCAUUGCCAAGGAGAAGAGAGAGCAGCAGAAGCAGGUCACAGAGAUAGUGAAGUCGAGAUGGGGAGUGAAGCGGAGGACUGCCCGAGAGGACCGGGCGCUGAGGAAAGAGAGAUGGGGCAGAGAUGCAUGA